CAGCCACAGCGGUGCUCAUCACGUGACGGCGAAAGUGCAGGGGCACGCGCAGGGUUUUUUCACACUUUUGUAAACAACAUGGCGAUUCACGAACUGGCCUUGCUAGCCGACUGAACAAACAAUGUGCUGUCAAACCUUCACCUUUUUUUGUGUUAUAAACGUUAUACGUUAGACCUUGCGGAAGUAAGACGUCGGGCAAAUUGUUAAGUUCGCACCGAAACGACAAAGAGCUGGACUGACGAGCUGUCAAGAAGACCGUUUGACAGUCAAACGGCCCUCUUCAGUCUAUGGGCUCUCAGUCCAGUUCUGGGAUGUCUGGUGGAAGGGGCUCUUCCAGUGGCAACCCAGCUGAGCAGUCUGAAGUAGCAGAGUCAAACCAGAGCAGCAGCAGCAGCAGCCGAGGCCGCAGGACGGCUGACAGGCAGCAAGGAGACAGACAGCCAGCAUCAGAGGAGGACGUUGACUUAGCUGAAGUGCUGGCUUACCUACUAAGGAGGGGCCAGGUCAGACUGGUCCAUGGCAGUGGAGCCACAGGCCUGCAGCUGGUCCAGUCAUACUCUGACUCUGAUGAGGACAGCGACGGAGCCUGGGAGGGUCGGCUGGGAGACCGCUACAAUCCACCAGUGGACACCCAACCUGACACACACGAGGUGGACCAGAGUGAGAUCCGAACUCAGAUCCUGCUGGCUAACGCCUCCUCUGCCCCGAAAGGCCGACGAAGUUUCACCCACAUGCUAACAGAGAGGGAACAUGGCAGAUGUAGAGGCUCCAGUUUUUCCCAUGGAGAGUGCACUCGUAUCCGCACACAUUUUCUGCCAAACUAUGUAUCCCACAAGGAUACAUACCAGCAGAAAGCUUUCUGUGGAGUGUACAGCGAGGAUGGCAACAUGUUCCUCUCUGCAUGCCAAGACCAGAACAUCCGCUUGUACGACACCACCAGAGGGCGCUUUCACCUACGACGAACAGUGAAGGCUCGUGAUGUGGGCUGGAGCGUGCUGGACGUCUGCUUCACCCCUGACACAAAUCAUGUGCUCUACUCCAGCUGGUCUGACUACAUUCAUUUAUGCAGUAUAGAUGGAGACAGUGAAAACCACACCGCCCUGGACCUCAAUCCAGAUGAGAGGAGGUUCUGUGUGUUCUCACUGGCUGCGUCCACAGAUGGCAAUGAGAUCCUUGGAGGAGCAAAUGAUGGCUGCCUUUACGUUUUUGAUCUUGAGCAGAAUAAACGAACAUUGAAGAUUGAUGCCCACGAGGACGACGUGAAUGCGGUGGCGUUCGCCGACAGCUCGUCCCAGCUGCUCUUCUCUGGCAGCGACGACGCGCUGUGCAAGGUGUGGGACAGACGGACACUGCGGGAGGACAGACCGCAGCCUGUCGGACAGCUGGCCGGCCACCGAGACGGCAUCACCUUCAUCCACAGCAAGGGUGACGCACGCUACUUGAUCAGCAACUCAAAGGACCAGUCCAUCAAGCUCUGGGACGUCAGGAAGUUCUCGCCCAAAGAGGGGUUGGCAGCUUCCCGCCUGGCUGUCACCCAACAAAACUGGGAUUACCGCUGGCAGCAGGUUCCCCAGAGAGCCCUGAAGAGACAUAAGCUGACGGGCGACACCUCAGUGAUGACCUACCGUGGUCACGGCGUUCUGCACACGCUCAUCCGCUGCCGUUUCUCUCCAGAGUUCAGCACUGGACAGCGAUUCAUCUACUCUGGCUGCUCCACUGGCAAAAUCAUCAUUUAUGACGUCCUGACGGGCGCCGUGGUCUCCAGACUGUCAGGCCAUGACGCGUGUGUGAGGGACGUCAGUUGGCACCCGUACGAGGACAACAUCAUCAGCAGCUCUUGGGACGGAGCGGUGCGAAUGUGGGAGCACAGACAGACCCAUCCUCUAGAGGAGGAGAGAGACAGGGAGAGAGACUGACAGCAGGAGAAAGACCUUUGAGACAGCGAGAGAAGAAGAGAGAACAAAGGAAAAGAUGUCAGAGGAAGUGACAUCACCACAGAAGGGGCGAGGCUGGCCCUAACAGAGGACGGCAAUAAGCUCAAAAGGACUUUGAGAGACUUAAAUAUCUUUUAAAUUCAACGCUGGAUAUUAAUGAUUACAAUUAUAGUGUGGUUGUGAAGUGGUCAUUUGGAAGGCAUUAUAGCCUUACAUUGUCAAGUGCAGAUUAGGGCACAGUGGGGCGGCCCACUCCUGAUUUUCUUUUGUUUUUGCCUCACUGUCUUGCGCCAAGUCAACAGGCCAAAGCUUUUUAAAUUGGCCUGAAACACGCAAAUGUGCUGGAGCUCAAAACGCUAAGCACUGCACUUACUUAAUGAGCUAUUGAAAUUUAACGGUAAGUUAGUCAUAUAAAAAUCAAUGUUGGAUAUUGCAGGGAGAAACUGAGGUGAUAAUUCUGUAUAAAUGUAUAGUAUUUUAAUGGUUCAGGGAGUGGAUUUAGAUAGUUGUCAGUGUGCUGAUUUGGACUCGCUGUUAUGUAUAACACGAGCUGUGUCCUAUUUGAGGGGCCGUCACGUUCAAAGUCCACAUUUAAAGACCCAAUAUAUUAUAAUAAUCCAGUACAUUAUUUGCCAGUUGCCCAGUUUACCAUUGGUCCACCACUUGGUCAGCUGUUAAGGAACAACUGUCUGGUGGUCAACUUGUUAUGUCGGACAUUUCCAGCAUACCAAGUUGACAGGACGCCCAAACGUAGUUAGUGUUACCGUCAAACUCACAAUGAUUUUAUGCUAAAUCCUCUUUAGACCGCCUCAAGUCUAAAGGCAACCCUUGUAUUUAUACACAGCAAUAGUCAGAGGUCUUCUUAUUGAUCCUGGAUCAGCACUCAACUCUGUAAACACAAGCCCUGAGUCGAUUUAAAAAAAAAAAAAAAAAAAAAAAAAAAAAAAAAAAAAAGAAAAGAAGAGUAAUCUUGUUGGCCAAUAUAAACCUGUGAUCUGUUUAAAAGAUUUGAAUCUGUGCGAUAAUAUGUUGAGGUCAAAGACUUGGUGAAGGGACUGGGGAUGUGUGCGUGGAUCAAAACGUACACACUGAUCUGUAUAUGCAAUUUUCAGGUGUUUAUAUCAAAGCCCAUAUUUCACUCUCAGACCGUUGUUUUACAGUAACAAUAAAACCUCUCUUUAAAUGUA